AGCAUUAAUGUUUUUCAGAUGUUUUAAGUGGACAUUAAUGAUUACAUAUGAGCAGCCAUGAACCAUAUAGUACCAACGCAUAGCUGCAGUAUUGUAUGUGCAGAAGUUUUGGUGACUGCUGGAGUGUGAUUUUGGUUCUGUGACUGAUUAUAAAACCUUUUCUUUCUCACUCUUUUAAACGCGGGACGAUCCAAAAGUAAGUCGAACAGGUGCUUUGUCAUGUCACCUUGUUGACAAGUUUUAUAAAUGCUUUUGUUAUUUUGGGAAAUUGUUUCUUUGAUUUAACCCGAAGCAUGUGUACAAAAACCUGGUUGUGUGUCUGACAGUGGAAACUAAGAUGGUUGAAAAGCUUGAUGCGGAAUGCAGCUUCCAAGUGUUUCCAUUCUCUCUUGUCACCAUUCCAAUCCAUUUUUGUGGUCUCUCCUUCAAUCUCCCACCUCCACACGCACCCUUUCUACGUUACCCACAGCCAUGAACUUGUUGAUUCCUUCCAUGCCUUUUUCCGGCGUUGUCUCACUCUGCAUCAAGCUCGCCAGCUUCACUCCCAAUUGCUUCUCACCGCCGCCCAUCGUUUACCCUUCUUGGCCGCCAGCCUCAUAGCCGUUUACGCCCGCUUUGGCUUUCUCUCUGACGCUCGCAAAGUGUUUGCUGCAAUCCCAGUUGAGGGACUCCAUCAUCUUCUUUUGUGGAAUUCCAUUAUCAGAGCCAAUGUCUCUCAUGGCUACCAUCAACACGCGCUUCGACUUUAUCUUGAAAUGAGAAACCUUGGAAUUUUUCCCGACGGCUUCACUCUUCCCUUGAUAAUACGGGCCUGCUCGUCUCUGGCUGUUUCUGAUCUCUGCAGGAUUGUCCAUUGUCAUGCUUUGCAGCUGGGUUUUCGGAAUCAUCUUCACGUCGUCAAUGAACUCGUGGGUAUGUAUGGGAAGCACGGGCGAAUGGAGGAUUCUCGCCAACUGUUUGAUGGAAUGUCUGUUAGAAGCCUAGUCUCGUGGAAUACUAUGGUUUCGGGUUAUGCUUUCAACUGUGAUUCUCUUGGUGCUUCUGCUAUUUUUAAAAGGAUGGAGUUGGAAGGUUUGCAGCCGAAUUCUGUGACAUGGACCUCUCUCUUGUCAAGUCAUGCUAGAUGUGGGCUUUAUGACGAAACUCUAGAGUUGUUUAAGUUGAUGAGGACAAGGACAAUUGAAAUCAGUGCUGAAGCAUUGGCCGUGAUGUUGUCUGUGUGUGCUACUAUGCUUCAAGUUGACUGGGGUAAAGAAAUCCAUGGGCUUGUUGUUAAAGGUGGAUAUGAAGAUUAUUUGUUUGUGAAAAAUGCUCUGAUAGGGACAUAUGGGAAGCACCAAAACUUGGGGGAUGCACAAAGGGUGUUUUUGGAUAUAAAGAACAAGAGCCUAGUAAGUUGGAAUGCUUUGAUAUCGGCGUAUGCUGAAUCUGGAUUGUGUGAGGAGGCCUAUGCAGCAUUUUUGCAGAUGGAGAAGUCAUGUACAGAUGGUCAAUCCCCAGUGAGGCCUAAUGUUAUAAGUUGGAGUGCGGUGAUUAGUGGCUUUGCUUCUAUGGGGCUUGGUGAGAAGUCACUGGAACUUUUUAGGCAAAUGCAGCUUUCUAAAGUAAUGGCAAAUUGUGUGACAAUUUCCUGCGUUUUAUCGGUUUGUGCAGAGUUAGCUGCAUUGAACGUUGGCAAGGAGCUCCAUGGUUAUGCCAUUAGGAAUUUGGUGGGUGACAGUAUUUUGGUGGGAAAUGGUCUGAUUAACAUGUAUAUGAAGUGUGGCAACUUCAAGGAAGGACAUUUAGUGUUUGAUAGUAUUAAGGGUAGAGAUUUAAUUUCGUGGAACUCAUUAAUUGGGGGUUAUGGAAUGCAUGGGCUUGGUGAGAAUGCUUUAAGAAGUUUUGAUGAGAUGAUUAGAGCUGGAAUGAAGCCAGACAACAUCACUUUUGUGGCUAUUCUAUCUGCUUGCAGUCAUGCUGGACUUGUUGCCGCUGGUCGUAACAUUUUUUAUCAGAUGGCCAGAAAGUUUAGGAUUGAACCUAAUGUAGAGCAUUAUGCAUGCAUGGUUGACCUCUUUGGUCGUGCUGGACUUUUGAAGGAAGCAACUGAUAUUGUUCGAAAUAUGCCUAUGGAACCUAAUGAGUAUAUUUGGGGAGCUCUUUUAAACUCAUGUAGAAUGUAUAGAGACGUGGACAUUGCAGAAGAAACAGCAUCACAAAUUCUAACCCUGAAGUCAAAAAUAACAGGGAGCAUCAUGCUGCUGUCAAAUAUAUACGCUGCAAAUGGAAGGUGGGAUGACUUCGCAAGAGUGAGGGUGUCAGCAAGGACAAAAGGUCUUAAAAAAGUACCUGGUCAGAGUUGGAUUGAGCUGCGAAAGAAAGUUUACAUGUUUUCGUCAGGGAAUUCAGUCCAUCUGAAUCUGGAUGAAGUUUAUGUGAUCCUUGAAGAAUUGGCCCUUCACAUGGCGAGUAAAAAUUAUAAUCUAUAGUUGCUUUUGUCAAGAAUUUGUUUAUGAUCACUCGUUACUCUUGUUGCAAUCUGGGAGCUAAGAGGGUAGAUAUUAUAUCUUGCCAUCAGUUAUUCCAUGAACUACUGGACAAUGACACUCUGAAUGAGUUAUCCAGAAAAUUUUGG